GCCAUUUUUACUGUUGAGUAACUGCAUGCUGGUCUGCCUGCGCUGGAGAGAGGGUGAGAGAGGAAUAAAGUGCUCCGCCAGGAUCUUAUCGGAGCCCUCUCCCCUCUCUCGCCUUCCCCUCUCUUCGUUGUACACAUCUCGCUAGCUGCUUGUGUCCAUUUAAGUUGGGGAGGCCCUGGAGAGGACACACAAUGGAGCGAAGAGCCUGUGGCAACUGGGCCGUUGUACUGCUGAGAGGGGGAUGGGGUAGAGAGAGGACCGGUUCACACAGCUAACACAGCCUACCGGCUGUAGGUUUCCAACAGCCUCUCCUCCCUGCUUGGACCCACUGUUUCCAGGCUGGGCCAUUUUUCCUGGAAGAGCCAGCCUCAAACUCCGCUUGGACUACACUAAGGAUUACUGACCGCUCUCUGUGGGAUUUUAGGAUACAUACUGGAGCCUGAAGAAUAAGUCUCUUUUGUGUUUUGGAUGGCAAAAAGGGAAAAACAAACUUCUGUAUAAUUUUUUCUUGCUGCUUUCUAGUUUUUGGUUUCUGUUUCUGUUUAGUGGAGCUCAUAAAUGGAUUACAAGAUGCAUGCCAAGUCAAAUGAUUUGCUGGAUUUUCAAAAACUGGAUGCCCUUCUGGAAAAGAUUGCACAUUCAGUCUCUGUGAAGAGAGAGUCCAGUGAGGAGUGCAAUGGGAUCAGCGGUGCUCUGUCAGUGGAGUCUGUGCCGGGGCCAAGACUAAACUGGUGUCCUGCCAACACCACUACCCCUGCCCCUGCUCCAGCUCCAGCUCCCGCUCCGGGGCCCGAGCCCACGCCCUACCCUGUCAGAAUGGGGGACGGCCUGGACACAGCGCAGAUGUCGGGCAGCAGCAGCAGCAGCCAGGGGCAGGCCCAGCAAAUGGGCAAUCCCCCAGCCCCAGAAUAUAUCGACCCCAGCAGGCCAAAGCGCCAGACCAAUCAGCUGCAGUACCUGCUCAAGGUGGUGGUGAAGUCCUUGUGGAAGCACCACUUUGCCUGGCCUUUCCAUGCACCAGUGGACGCAAUCAAACUUAACCUGCCUGACUACUACACAAUAAUCAAAACUCCUAUGGACAUGGGAACAAUCAAGAAAAGGCUUGAGAACAGUUACUACUUGAAUGCCCAAGAAUGUAUCCAAGACUUCAACACAAUGUUUACCAACUGCUACAUAUACAACAAGCCUGGGGAUGACAUAGUCUUAAUGGCUGAGGCUCUAGAGAAGGUUUUCCUCCAAAAGGUUACAGAAAUGCCUCAGGAAGAAACCGAGAUUGUUGUCAUGACAGGGAAGGGACGUGGCCGGGGCCGAAGAGAUGGAGGUCUAAGCAUGAAACCAGGGGCCAUCAUUGAUUCUUCAUCCACAACCCCACAAACGCGUGGUCUGUCAAACCUCUCAGCAGCACCACAGACUCGAGGACCAGUGCAGGGCCCGCCUUCACUACCUCCGCAGCCUUUGAUGCAGGCCCUGCCGCCCCACGUGCCCCCAACAUUAUCCAGCCAUGCGCCCCAGCUUGGAGCUCCCUACUCCCUGGGCCAAUCAGACUGCGCUCCUCAAGUUCCUCUCAUGACUUCUGUGCCUCCCCCCGCUCAGACCUCUCUUCCCCCUGCAUCCAUCCAGAGCACUGCAAUGCUGCAGACCCCUAUAACCAUGACCAAACAAAGAAAGAGCCAAAAAAGGAAAGCAGACACUACAACGCCCACAGCAAAUGACCAACUGAGUGAAUCUUCGCCAGCAGAGUCCAAGUCUGGGAAGACACUACCCAGGCGAGAGAGCGCCAGGCCUAUGAAACUGAUGAAGAAGGAAGCUCCAGACUCUCAGCAUCACAUAGGCAUUGGGAUGGGACUGAGCGGACCAAGUGGCGGCCAUAGCCCAAAACCACAAGAUCAGCUUGGAUACUGCGCUGGUCUGGUCAGGGAGAUGCUGUCCAAGAAACACACCGCAUAUGCCUGGCCAUUCUACAAACCCGUUGAUGUGGACGCACUGGGACUACAUGAUUAUCACGAAAUCAUCAAACAUCCAAUGGACCUCAGCACCAUCAAGGCAAAGCUGGAGAACAGGCAAUACCGGGAACCCCAGGAGUUUGCUGCUGACGUACGAUUAAUGUUUUCCAACUGCUACAAAUAUAAUCCGCCAGACCACGAGGUGGUAGCUAUGGCCCGCAAACUACAGGAUGUCUUUGAGAUGCGCUUUGCUAAGAUGCCAGAUGAACCUGAGAGCAAGCCUCUGAUUUCUGCCCCAGCUCCUACUCUUCACCAUCCUGCCCCUGUUAAACCUCAGCCCCCUUUGGCCCACGUCGCCUCGUCUUCAGACAGCUCCAGUGACUCGUCCUCUGAGUCUGAGUCUUCCACUGAUGACUCUGAAGAGGAAAGAGCUCAGAGGUUGGCAGAGCUCCAGGAACAGUUGAAAGCUGUCCAUGAGCAGCUGGCUGCCCUGUCCCAACCACAAGCCAGCAAACCAAAGAGAAAAGAGAAGGAGAAGGAGAAGAAGGAGAAGGAGAAGAAAAAGGAGAAGCAUAAGAAGAAAGGAGGGAUGCCUAGCCUUGUAGAUGAGAUCCAGGAUGCUACACCUGUUUCACAGCUGAAGAAGAAUAAGACCAGUAACAAUAACAACAGAGAGAUUGUUCCCAAGAAGAAACCCAGUAAAAAGGAGGUGAUGAAAAGUAAUCAUCCCCCCAACCUGCAGCCGGUACCCUGCCAGGAAGACGACCUGGGAGCCACUGGGUCAUCAGUUACAGGGGAAAAGUGCAAACCUAUGACAUACGAGGAGAAGAGGCAGCUGAGCUUGGACAUCAACAAGCUUCCUGGGGACAAGCUUGGCCGCGUAGUGCAUAUUAUCCAGUCCAGAGAGCCUUCGCUCAAAAACUCGAACCCUGAUGAGAUUGAAAUUGACUUUGAGACGCUGAAGCCUUCCACUUUGCGGGAGCUGGAGAGAUACGUGUCUUCCUGCCUCCGCAAGAAGAAAAAGGUUCCAGUUGAGAAGACUGUAGAGUCCAUGGCUACCUCCAAAAAGACUGGAUCUUCUUCAGAGAGCAGCGGCUCCAGCUCCGAUAGUGAGAUUGAUGGAACAGGAAUAAUAAAACAGCUGAAAAAGAAGAGCCACUCUACGAAGGAGGGGAAGAAGACGCAUCCUCAUGUUCAGACCGGCCCUGCUCAGACUGUGCUUCAGUCUCAGCCUGUGGGCAUUCAGUCCAGCAGUCAGCUGAAGCAGCAGCAGCAGCAGCAGCAGCAGCCCUCUCCUGCAGGGUUCAUACCUCCCCCUGUUGCUGCUCUGGAGUCUUCCCAGUUACUGGAGAAUAGCUUUGAUUCCCUGCCGCCUUUCGGGCAGCCCCUUAUGCACCUGGCCCACCACACAGGCAACUCCUCCUCUCCUGCACCACCUCACCUCAAUGCUCAUUCUGCUGGGCCAGUGUCCCCUGAGACACACCCCUUCCUCAACCAGCAUCCCGUCCUCCCCUCUCCAGCCUUACACAGUUCCAUGCCUCAGCAGCCUUCUCGUCCCAGUCACAAGGCAGCUCCUCUUCAUCCCAAACCCCCCCAGCAGCAACAAGCACCACCUCAGCAGCAACCGUCACUGCAGCAGCCGCAGCCGCCGCCGCAGCCACCACCACAGCCGCCACCGCAGCAGCAGCAGCAGCAGCAGCAGCAGCAGCAGCUCCAGCCCCAGUCAGCAGCACCACCACCACCACCACCACCACAGCACCAGCUUCCCUCUCAGAUACUCCACCCUCCUCAGCCCCUGCACCAGCGGCCGAUGUCCCCUCCAACGCUCACACCCCAAGGCUUGCUGUCCUCUCAGCCUCCGCAGAUGCUGUUGGAGGAUGAUGAAGAGCCAGGGUCUACAACGCCUAUGAACCAAGUACAGUUAUACCUACAGCAGUUCCAGCAAGCCCGGCAGCCCCAACAGUCCAUGCAGUCGCUCCAGGCACAGGCUCGUCAACAACAGCAGCAGCAGCAGCAGCAGCAACAGCAACAACAACAACAACAGCAGCAGCAGCAGCAGCAGCAACAGCAACAGCCAGGGCAGACUUCUCUCCUGCAGGUUGUCCAGUCACAACUCUCCUCUCAGACCACACUGCCUCCUCCCCAGCUCCCCGUGCAGCCCCAGCCAGUCCCAUCCCAUCCAGCUCUGCCCCAACAGAUGCCCCUGCACCCGGCCCGCCACCUGCAGCACACCCAACAGCAACCACAGCAGCAGCAACUGAACUACCAGCAGGUCCCCGGACUUGCCGGUCAGUCUCAAGCAUCACAACAUAAAGUAACCAUGCCUGGCAACAAAGCACAGCAGAUCAUUCAGCAGCAACAAGAGCAACCCUCCCCUCGUCUCGCGAAGGCUGACCCUUACGGCACAGGUCACAUGAGGGACAACCCCUCUCCUCUCAUGAUGCAUUCCCCACAGCUUCCCCAGUAUCCACCUGUGUCUCAUCAGUCUCCUCCUCACAACAUGCAACCCAAAAAGCAGAGGGCCCCUGGGAGCCAAGGUGGGUUAAAGGAGGAGAAGCUUUCUCCAUCCCCAGUGAUGAGAGGAGAACCAUUUAAUCCUGCGAUGAGACCAGACCAUCACAAACAUGACAUCAAGCCCUGCCCACCAGGCCACGUCCAACAGAAUGUGAAGUCCAUGGAGAAAUCUCUACACGUCAUCCGCUCCUCUGAGCCCAGUGGGCCGCCCUCCUCUCUUCAAGACAAGGAUAAGUUCAAACAGGAGUCAAAGGUCCCCAUUGCACCCAAAAAGGUACAGGACGUGAAGCUGAAGAAUAUGGGCUCAUGGGCCAGCCUGGCACAGAAGUCCACAUCAACGCCAUUAUCAGCAGUGAAGUCAUCCAGUGACAGUUUUGAGCAAUUCCGCCGUGCUGCCCGAGAGAAAGAGGAGAGGGAGAAGGCCCUGAAGGCCCAAGCUGAGCAGGCGGAAAAAGACCGGCUACGCAGAGAGCAGGACAAGCUGCGUGGUCGAGAUGAAGAGGACAUCAUGGAGCCGAGCAGGAGGGUGCACGAGGAGCCACGCAGGCGUCUUGAGCAGCAGCACAUACAAGCCCCUUCACAACAGCAACAACAGCAACAACAACAACAGCAGCAGCAGCAGCAGCAGCAGCAGCAGGUGCAGCAGGAGCCCCAGCCGGCUGCAAUCCAGCAGCCUCCUCAACCCCCCACACCACCUCAGCCUACCACACAAAACCCCCUAGACCAACAGAGGGAACUAGCACGCCGUCGAGAGCAGGAGAGGAGGCGGCGGGAAGCGAUGGCAGCGACUAUUGACAUGAAUUUCCAAAGUGACUUAAUGGCCAUCUUUGAGGAGAACCUGUUUUGAGGAGAGAAGCAAGUGAAACGUAACUGCAAAAAAGAAAAAAAAAAAAAUAGGAUGACGUCCUCUGAAGCGAGAUGUGGAGACCGUGCACCACAGAGGGACGUGGACUGCAUGUUUAUGUGACGGGCCCUGUCGAGACUGAGUGCAAGCGCUGGACGGUGGUCCCAGCUCGCUUUGCUCUUGUGGACUGAACACACGAGACACACGGGGGACGGUCUCGUUGUUUCAGAUGUCAUUACCUGGGAAUUUAGCAUCGCCUGCCUGACGUCUCAGAACAGGAGAAAGUGGACCCCUUGUUGGGACAGUUGCCUUUGUUACACUUGACUCUUCCGGUGUGCGUCAGGGCGGUGACAGCAUCCACAGUAAAGACUUCCCAGGGAUGAGACAAAUGCUCUGAUAAUGUACUGACAGACUGUGCAGAAGUUUUUUCAAACUGCCACAUGUCUGAGAUGGUGCAGAAGACUGGUCUUUUAUGUUCUGUUUUGUUUUGUUUGUUGUAAGUGAACACAUGAAAUAGUCGUGGGAGGCGUGGGGCGGGGACUUCAAUACUGUAAAUCAUGUAUAUUUCUCAGCAGAGAAGGUACAGUUUGCCUUACACCUCUUUCCUAAACAUCAUGAUCUAUGGCCUGCGCACAUGGACAAACCAAUAACAUUUACAAACAGGACUAGGAGCAGUGGAGACCUUUUUCAUCAUCUAGUAUCUACUGUAAAGAAGUAUUUUCUUAUACUACAAUAACUGUUUAUUUUGGGUCUUAUUUUUUUUCCUUUCUCUUUGAAUCUUCACACUGACACACUCCGCCAGCUACAUCUAUGCCAAACAACCCAAUAUCUUUUAUGCUAAAUUACUUGUCCUAAAACAUCGUAGAAAGCUAGUGGGGGAAAAAAUAACUGAAUAUAUGCAUCACCAUAGUUCCAGCAAGUAUUUAUCUAAGACAGACAGAUCAGUUAACAUUUUCAUCUUGCCUUGUAUUUUUCAUUUAAAUUCACAAGAGGGGGAAGAUCUAGCCGUUUCUGAGCUUUAGUUAAUAUAAUUUCACUACAAGUGUCACACCAUUGUUUGUAUUAUAUGUUUUUAAGAUCAUAUUGGAUAAGGUUGUAUCAUUGACCCGUCAAUGGUCACACUACCGGACCAGUUAAGCCCCUCGCUGUUGAUGCUCUGGUCUUAUCUAAAGGAUUUGAUCAAAUGUAGACCGAGUGCUUAAGAACAAACGGGACAAUCAGGGGAAUAAGACAAACGUUUAACAUCUUUCUGUAGCUCUAUCAUGAAGGUUUUUUUUUUGUAUCAAAUCGUCUCCUAAUUCAGUAAGAGCACGCUGUUGACAGUACAAAACAAAACCAUUACAAAAGUCUGGAAAUGGAAAAUGGUGGGGGGAAAAAACAGUUUUGCUUUCUAUCUUCGUUCUUGUUUGAUAAUAGUGGAUGUGAGUUCCGAUUCUGUCCUUGGAGACAUUGUUGGAUGGGCUGAAAUCUGAACCCGUCCUGUCCUCUCUACUUGUCUCUUACGGUGUUUUUUCUCCAGUGCCUGUAUUGUAUUGCAAAUCUCGUUGGCUUCUAUUACACUUUGAGGGGUUUAGAAAGGGCAAAGUGAGGAAUGGGAGGUGUAAUAUUUGAACGGGGUGGGAGACUUUUGAAAGAGUUUGUGUUUAAAAAAGAAAAAAAAUAGAAAAAGAAAAAAAAAGGUAAUUAAAAAAAAGGAAAAGACAGCAUUUUAUAUUUUACCCGUUGUCAAUAUUCGGGUUUUAAAUUUAGUUUUAGCUGGACUUCUAUGAGUGUACACACAUGACAACUACUUUCUCAUUUUGUUCAGUCGACAGAUUUUAGGUAGAUAUGUUUCAGCGUUGCCACACUAGCGUUUGAGUCUGUGAGUGUGACUGUAAAUUUGGACGGCUGUGUGACUGUGUGUUUUUGUGUGUGGUGCAGGGAGGCAUGUUCCCGAUGUAGAUAAGCAUUCUAUUAAUGAGGAGACUAAAAAGAUGAGCAGUACUUUAGGAGAACUUGUUUCUGUGCUUAAGUCACCUUUUCAUUUCUAUGAAGUCCACCAUAUAUGAAUAUAUAAUUUUAUUAUUAGACUGGUAUUGAAAGGGUAACAGAAAUCCUUAAUUGCUUUUUUUUUUUUAGUCUUUGCUCCUUCUCACAAUAACUGUUGGACAUAAUGUGCCAUGAGUUCUGCAGAGAAUGUGCUGACCCACAGCUCAGCCCAGAGUUUGAUUUAUUCAGGUAUUUUAUUGUGUUACAUUUGUUCUGUUGGAGGGGCGGGGGGGUUGUUCAAACAUUUUCCUCGAUUAUCGUUUGGUAUGUGAGUGGUCUAUCGAGGUCUCUGAUUAAGUCUGUUAUGAUCAUUGAAUAAACUCAUCUCUUUUAUAGAAAAUAAAAAAAUAAACUAAA